AUGACCCAGAGCCAGAACAAAGGUGAAGGGAAAGGGCAGGAGAAGGGUAAGGGAACACGAGGGAGACCCAAGAAGCGAUCGGCUGAAGAAGCUACCCUUGACCCAGACGGUUCUGCCCCUGUGGCCAAAGCCGCUCCAAAGAAGCGCCAGAAGUUUGGUGUUUCCAGCUGCAAAGGUUGCAAGAAAAAGAUCACACCUGAAGAGCAGGCAGCAAACUUUCCUGGCUGCAAGUCUUGCAAAAGAGCAUUGGACAACAUUUCAAAGCUUGCUGCCAGACAAGGCAAGGAGGCGGUUGCGUUCUUCAAGGAGCAACGUGAUGAUCCCGAUAAGUGCUUCUCGAUGGUGCAAAGCUACAUGGCUCUUUGCCCAGAAUGCGCUGAAGGCGCCAAGAACAAGAAAAGGGGCACAUGGUCAGUAGCCAAGUACCAAGAGCGUGUUGUGGCAGCUUCUGGUUUUGUCAAAGACAAAGUCGGAGAGAUGAUGGGGAAGAAGCUGUUCAUUGAGUUUGCCCAAACGGUCAGGGGUGGAAGAAAGACGGAUGAUCAAGCGCUUGCUCAAUGGGCUUAUUGGGAGACAAGAAUUGCUGCCGGCGACCCUGAGAUCUUCAGUGACUACCUUGGGGAAAAUUCAAGCCUGAGGAUUUGGGUUCACACUGGAGAUGAAAUGCGAUUUCGCACCAGCUACUUCCAGGAGAAGUCUGUCAACAUGGAAGGUGAGACCAAGAAGAAUGCCAGCCAAGCUGACAUUGAGCGGAUGAAGAACAAGGUCACAUCCAAGCAUGACCCCAUUGCAGACCAAAUCCAGGUUUGUCAGGCAUUGGCCAGAAAUGGGGAAGCAGCUUUCCAGAACAAUGAUGGCUUUCUCUUGGAUAUCAUGGACUUGGCUGGUGCAGCCGAGAAGGCAGCAGAGACGCCGGCAGAAGAGCAGGAAGACCCUGACAACACAUCGCCAGAGAAGACCAAACCAUGGGUGGACCGUGACAGGGUGAUCUCAGCUACAGUCAGGUCAUGUGAAUCGCAGAUCAAGGUGUUCAAAACCAAAUGUGAGUCCGGCCUUCAAGAUUGUCGGAAAGCAUUGUCUGAAUACAAAGCCAACCCAGACCAGCUUUUCCAGAAGAAUUUUGCUGGUGAGAUAAAGAUCUUGGAAAACCGGGUGGAAGCAUUGGGGAUUGUGAUGGAGGUCACAGCAGAGAUCAAUGCAAUCCGGUCGCCUCUUCAACAGUUGCUGCAAGCUACCUCAAGGGCCUCCAAGGCAGUGAAAAGCGCAAUAGAGCAGCUAGCCAAGCGCCAAGCGAAGCAACAAGCCGAUGCUUCCAAGGCUAGCAAGGCUAAGGCUGCAGAUGGCUCGCCUUCCCAUCCUGUGUUUGACCAAGGUGUCAACCAAGCCAAUGCCAUUCCACGAAUUGCAUCUGGCCAGGCAGGCAUUGACUUCUCCAAGCCUUGGGCCAUGGAUGUCUCAACAUGGGUGUCCAAGUUCACAGAAGAUGGUUCAGUGUCACAGAAGGAAAUUGCCAGCUUCAAGGAUGCCUUCACUGAAGCCCGCACGAAAACCAAGGGCAUCCGAGUUUCCAAGAGCUUUGCCGAGGAAGCCAAUGCCAAAGCAGUGGCUGGCCAGCUCACUGAAAUGUUUCAAGCUUGCAAAGAUUGGGUCCCUGUCGAGAACUAUGGUGACUUGAAAGAUGCUUUGCCAUUCAGCAUGUUUGGAAUUGAUGGAGGCUACGAUAAAGUGUCUGCUGAGUUCUUGGGCAGCGCAGUGUGUCGAGUCACUGUGGAAGGGACACGCCUGGUCAUCAUGACCGAGAUGCUGCAGAUGCAGCGGUUCAUGGAACGGAAGGGUAUUAGUGCUGUAACUUUGGCAAAGAUGUCAUCCUUUUUCAGAUCGAUGACGGUGCCCUUGCUUUCAGAGUACCAGAAGGAGUGCACUCUAUGGGCAGGCACCAUGGGAGCAGGAGAUUGUCUCUUCAUGCCUUACGGGUUCCUUGUUGGUGAGUUGGUUCAGCAGGCCACCGUGGGCAUCCGAGCCCCUGUGGUUUGCAAAGCUGCAGCUCAUGAUAAUGGCUUGAGCGCUUUGAAAAACAGAAAGCAGGAUUUGGAAAAAGAUCUGAAUGACGCUGGGGCUGCAGCAAAGCUGACAGAACCAGACAAGAAGAAGAUGGCUCAGGAGGUCAAGCUCUUGGGGGCUUUGAUCCAACUUGUCACGAAAGGGUGA